CAACUUUAACUUCAACGUCAAAACCAUUGAUACUUUGUUCUCAGCCACACUAGUACCGAGACUCAUUCCAUAAGAGAUGGACUCAUUGGAUGUCCACAUGUUUCUUACAGGUUACCAGCAUGUCUCGUAUCCCGACCUUUCCGACAGCCGCAAUCAUGAUCACUCUGCCUCCUACAUCAAGUCAAUAUCUCUUGACUUGGUACCUUUCCAAGAGCGCGGUAUAGAUCUACCAGGAUGUGCUGCCUUACUGCUUGCCUCGUUUUGUAACAUAUUGGGCUUGUACUGCGCAUCCUCAGACAUCGUGGUCGGGAUUCUAUCAGGAGACACUAUUCUCCCCGGUCGUUUCCGUUGGGAUGCCGAAGCGGUUUGGCGCGAUCUAGUCGACGAAGCCAGUCGUUCACUGGACAGAACCGCGGGCCCGAAUUUCACCGAAUCUGAGUUGAGGAGUGAGCUCGGCCUUAAAGAGGAUCAGUCACCGUUUACUGCCCUCUUCGUCCUUGAUGGACUAGAGAGUUUACACAAUCCAGACUUUCAGAGUUCUCCAUUGCUUUUGUUCGAUCCUUCCGCAGCUUUACUAUCUUUCCGGACGGCAUCGCGCCUUGUACACCCUGCCGUAGUCGAUCAGUUACUUUCCCAGAUAGUGGUCCUGUCGGUGCACGCAGCUCAAAAUCCCACCUCAAAAAUUUCAUCGCCUCCUUCCUACCCAGCUGUAUUUACAUCUGCUGUUAAAUGUCUUUCCACAGAUGCUCGUGCUUCCGUUUAUGAUCAUAUCCGUCCUGUUGCCAUUGCCACAGAUUUUAUCCUCCCUUACGUCCAAGCCUAUCCCAAUGCCCCAGCAGUGUGUUGGUACCAUACCUUGUCAGCGGGACCCAGAGACAAUCUCGUCCCUGAAACACUGUCUUAUGGCGAUCUCCAUGUCCAAGCCAACAGGCUGGCUCGAUACCUGAUAUCUCAGCAGUUGAAGCCUGCGGACAGGGUUGCUGUGUGCAUGGAUCGCAACCCGCUGUUUCACAUAGUUCUGUUUGGAGUUUUACGUGCUGGGGGUUGUUAUGUUCCGAUUGAUCCCGAGCUUCCGAACGAAAGGAAGUCGUACAUCGCAAAGGACUCGGGCGCUAGAUUUGUCGUUUUGGAGUCUCAUAGACACACUCCUGAGAUAUUCGGGGACAUUGUCCUCGCUCUUGACGAUGAUCGUAUCUCGCGAGACAUACAGGCAAUGGAUACAGCCGAUUUAGAUAUUGCACUUCCAACCAAUCUGGCGUAUAUGCUCUACACGUCUGGCACCACCGGCACUCCAAAAGGCUGCCUUCUCACCCAUGAAGGUCUCGCUGAAGCGAUACUAGCGCUAAGCUCCUUUUCCGCUGCUGUCAACAUGGGUAACAUUCGAGAUGGAAGGUAUCUCGGCGUUGCUUCUGUUGCCUUCGACGUUCAUAUCGCAGAGAUAUUCGUGUCCCUCUCUCUGGGCAUGGUGUUGCUUUCUGCGCCACGCAGCAUACUGUUGGAGAAUCUGCCUUAUUAUAUCAGCCUUUUGGGCGUGACGCACGUUGGUAUCGUGCCCAGUUUGAUUGAUGCAACCAUGGGUGCUGUUCAAGAGGAUGAAGCGAUGGAUGGAAUGAAAUUGCGAUUUAUCGCCAGUGGUGGAGAGAAAAUCAGUGACUCAAUUCUAGACAAGUGGGCGGAUCAUCCCAAAGUCAGACUCGCAAACUUCUAUGGGCCCAGCGAGGUGACCAUAGGAUGUUGUGCUCGAUUCAUGAAUGGCAGCACACCCAAAGGCAAUGUUGGACCAGCCUUCGGUAAUGUUGCGUCUUAUGUCGUUGAUCGGGAUCUCAAUAUCUUGCCGCGGGGAGCCGUCGGAGAGCUCAUUGUUGGUGGUCCCCUUGUCGGGCGCGGCUACCACGGACAACCGGAUUUAACGGUCAAAGUAUUUAUCGAGUGGCCUCAUAAAGGUUCUUGGGCGUAUCGCACAGGGGAUCUAUCGCGAAUGAUGCCCGACGGAUCAUUGGAAAUAAUCGGCAGAGUCGACACUCAGAUCAAGUUACGCGGAGUCCGCAUCGAGGCGGAAGGGAUAUCUGCUGUGCUCCAGCGAGCUGCUCGAUCCUGCCUUCAGCUCAGCCUUGAUGUUGGGACUAUUCUUGGGACCCAUCCAGAGAUCGGAGGCGGCAGCUCACCACAGCUCGUCUCUUUCAUUGCCUGGGACACAAAAGUAUCAAUUGCUACGAGACGGGGCAGUUCUAGUCCAGGACUAGCGAAGCCAGGAAGGAACCUCACACGUAUUUUGCACGAUGCAUGCGAAAAGGAACUCGCCAGUUACAUGCGCCCUGCCCAUAUAAUUGCCCUCAAUUGGCUUCCGCUUAAUGCUAACGGCAAGGCGGACGCCAAAGUCUUGACCUCCAUCUUUUCAGAACUAGAUUUUAACGAUUUGAUUGGACUGGCUGAAGACCCUACUAGUUAUGUCGACAACUCAGACAGUGGUAGCCCUGCUUCUGACCUCGAAGAACGGAUACUAGAGCUCUUGAAAGAAAACUUUGCGAUUGCGGGCUCCAAUGGACAUGUCGGUGUUCACACUAGUUUAUUCGCGCUUGGAAUGGAUUCCUUGUUACUUGCGCGACUUGCAUCUACACUCAGAAGGACCUUUAGUAUCGACAUAACUGUCGCAGAAAUCAUGAAAUCCCCUACUGUCCGGGCUCUGUCUACUCGAUUGGGAGGUCUGGUCGCAACACGAUCAGAAGGAGGCGUACCGGAGGUCGACAACUUCUCAUCACUAUGGAUGCCAGAAAUUCAGAAGAAGAUGCCGCAUCUCCACAUAGAGCGUGUUCUUCCCUCUUACCCUAUUCAAGAGGGUAUUCUGUACCGCUCUGAGAGCUCGCCAACGAUGUGUGUGCAGCAUGUCGUGAUGCGAGUUCGAGAUGGUAUCUCUAUACCGCAAUUACGAAGCGCCUGGGAGAAAGCAGUGGCAGAUAUCGAUAUUCUAAGGACUGUAUUUUUCUUUGGCAAAACCCUGGUCCAAGUGAUUUUGUCGCGUACGACCUGUCAUCUGCAUUGGGAGGAGGAGUCUUUCGUUACGGCGAGCGACAGUGAAACUUUUUCCGACUAUUUCUUUGAUGAAGAAGCCACAAGAGCUGCUGUGGAGAUCAACAGUCUCAUCACUUCUGUACCGCCCGUUCGUCUUCGGCUCUACCGCGAAUCUAGUUGCACUCACAUCGUACUAUCCAUCCAUCAUGCGCUGUUCGACGCUAUUUCUCUGUCUCACAUGCUGAAAUAUGUCGAGGACAUAUAUCUUAGCAGGCCGCUUCAGAAACUAACCCCUCCGGUUCAAAUAUUGGAGCACGUAGCGUUUCGGGACUUGUCUCCUGCUCGAGACCACUGGACGUCGACUCUUCGCAAUUUUAACUGGUCUUAUCGCAAUUUGAUAGAUGUGACCCAAUCAGCUUCACCUAAACGGAUUUCCAUGCUUCUUGAUACCCCGCUUUCAUAUUUUCAAGAAAAGCUUGCCCAUUGCCAAGUGACAUUGCAGGCCGCGUUGACUUGCACAUUUGCUUCUGUGCUCGCAAAACAUCUAUGCCAGUCCGACGACUUAAUCUUUGGGAUCAUUAGAUCAGGGAGGUUAGCUCCUGUGGAGGGUAUGGGCGACGCCCUCAUCCCUCUGCUAUCUCUUGUCCCUAUGCGCGUCAACCUCAACAACCCUGAUUGUCUUCGUAAAGUCCAGGAUGACAUCAUCACCGCCAUUCCAUUCGAAAAUGUUCCUCUUGGGCAGGUGCAGAAAUGGGUUAGACCGGGUGCUGGUUUAUUCGACAUUCUUUUCUCGGUCACGUACAAAGACCAAACUGCGUUCGAGCUUUUUGAUGUCGUGCGGAGUGAAUUGCCUCAGCCUGACUUCUUCCUGUCCGUGGAGAUUGUGGUGGACGUCUCGACGAAUCAGCUCGUUCUUCAGACAGCCUUCUAUGACGACGGGUCGCAAGUUGCCAAUAUCGAAUCGAUGCUUCUUCAAUUUGAGUCUGAGGCUCGCAGUGUCGUAACUUCCGGAGUGCCCCGUGUCCUUGUUUCACAGAAGUCCCUAGUCGAUAGAGCGGAGUCCACACCACCGGUCGAUAUCCCUGAUGGCACACACGAUUUUAAUGGGGAAGGGGGCGUCAGUGUAGCCCUGCACCCUGUGAGGGAGAUCGUCGCUCAGUUUUUGGGUGUUGAUCCCCAACGGAUAUGGUCGAGGACAUCGUUUAUUGCUCUGGGUCUCGAUUCCAUCAGGUCGGUGGGACUUUCACGAGCGCUUAAGGAAGAAGGAUACCACGUAACUGCAUCAGAACUUAUGAAGUCCGCGUGUCUGGCUGGACUAGAGUCAUUACCGACGCUAUUUCAAGAUGUUGACCGUGUGCAGCUGGAGUCGGAAGCUUGGGAUCUACUUCAGGAAGAAUGUCGCAUAUUAGAGUCCCAUUUUGACGUCGCCACCUGUCGGUUUUCUGAUCGCGAUGAAGCCAGGGUAUUUCCAACGACCGCUUUGCAGGCAGGAAUGUUAUCACAGACAGUUGUUUCCUCGGGCGUACUUUAUAACCACGUGUUUAUGUUCAAGCUGGCACCUUCUGUGGAGCACGUCCAUCUCCGUCGAGCCUGUCAAUCCAUUGUCACGAACUUUGACAUCUUGCGGACGACAUUUCAUUACAUCAUCGACCUGGGGAAAUGGGCGCAAGUUUCACAUUCUGAUGCACCCAUGGUUUGGAUCGAGAUCCUUCUGCAACCCGGAGAAUCUCUAGAUGCGAUGAUAAAAACUGUCACCGGAUCAACGAGCGUAUCAGAGCAGGGAACGUUUACGCCACCGUUGGCUUUUUGUUUGGUCGAACAGCAGGAAGACGCUGGGGUCAAGAACUAUAGCCUUGCGAUCGCCAUGCAUCAUGCUAUAUAUGAUGGUAUUUCCAUCGGAGCGCUCCUCGAAGAGAUGGAGCGAAUGUAUCAAGCCCAUUCCCCCACGAGACUGCCUCAAUUCUAUGACGUGCUUCCCUUGAUACUGCGAGAAGAACGCCAAAGUAUUCCCUUUUGGGUCGAAUAUCUUCAAGACUUUCAUCCUGUUCCGUUACCUCGCGUGGAGUCUACACAGCCUUCGUCAGUCGUCUGCUCUCGUCGACUGAGACUAGACUACCAUGUUCUGAAGACGGCUGCCAGUGAUGCGGGUGUCACUCUUCAGUGUUUGGGGCAGGCAGCUUGGUCAAAGCUUGUCUCAUCGAAAGUAUCUUCCUAUGAUAUAAUGUUCGGACACGUUGUCUCUGGACGCUCUUUUCCAGGCUACGAAGACGUUAUUGGACCCAUGCUUAACACUAUACCGUGUCGUGUUCGUAUCGGUGAAACCACCACAAACAGGGAUCUAUUGCGUUCCAUCCACGCAAAUAACUUAGCCGCGUUAGAGUGGCAACAUGCUUCGCUUCGUGACAUACAGUCCGAGUCAGGGCUUUUUGGUUUAUGGGACAGUAUAUUCGUCUUUCAGCCUCUGAAGUCCGCCUAUUCAAGUCCUUUGUGGAGUUUGUUGAAUCCAGACGAGUUUCAAGCCAACAUCCAGUAUCCACUAAACUGCGAAUUUCACGAAACGGAUAACGGUUUUUCUGUGACGCUGGCUUGCCUGUCCAAUAUCAUGGAUCUGGAGUCUUUGGAUCAUGAAAUGUCACAACUUGAAGCCUUUCUGGGUACUGUUAUCUCCCAACCGAAUGCUAAGGCCGUCGCGGAUGUUCCCUUUGAUGGCAGAAAGCUUUCGCGCUCUAGCGAUGUGCUGACCCCCAGCAUCGCACCCCGCAUAGCAGUCGACCAUUUACCUCCUGCAUUGGUCAACGUCUUAACUUCGGUCACCAAAUGCUCUGUCGACAGGCUGGACCCGGACAGACCAAUUGCAGCUAUUGGGAUUGACUCCAUCACAGCGAUCCGACUCAGUGCAAAAUGUAGGGAAGCAGGAAUUGCGUUGACCAUUGCGGAUAUCGUCGCUUGCCGUACAAUCGGUGAUUUGGCCACGAGGGUGGUUGAAGCGGAAAGAUGGCCAAGCACUCGUCCACCGCCUCUGGAUUAUUUAGUUUCAGAGAUCGAUUAUCAAGCUGUCGCCAACAGACUCCCAUCUGACCGGCGCGGAGCCCUUACGGUUACCCGGGCAGCCUCUGGCAUGAAAUGGCUUAUUUGCGCUUGGCAAAGAAGUCAUCAUGCACGAUUUCAACAUGUGUUCGCCUAUAGAAUGACCCAGAAAAUAGACCCCGAAAAACUGCGCAGCUCUUGGACAGAGUUCAUUACUCGACAUCCUAUUCUCAGGUCAACAUUCGUCUCCACAAAGUCUCAUUCGGACAUCCAAAUAGCAACCUUCAGUACUGACGCAAUGGGAAGCGCAUUUGCCGUUGAGCCAUUCAAUGAUUUACCCGACAGCACGGAUAACCUGAAGGCGCGGAUGAACGCGAUAAUUUCUUGCCCACCCCCAAUUGAUGGACCCCAGGCCUGCGGAUUACUUUUGAAUGGCUUGCGCAGCCAAUAUUUACUGAUUAGAAUGCAUCAUUUCCAGUAUGAUGCCUGGAGUCUUGCGCUUUUGAUCGAGGACCUCUCUCGCAUCUACCUUGGACAACCCUCGUCGGUCACAUCAGAUUAUGAAACGUUCAUGUCAACGUUUGCACCGACACCAGAAAAUCUCCAAGAACAGGAAGAAUAUUGGCGAUCCAUCUUCCCACCUUCUUUCCGGCCGCUAUAUUUUCCUCAGCUCAGAACUCCUGCAGUUCAGGAUGAGGUUACCACUCGAACCGUAGUUAUCGCGAAGGAUGCGGUGCAUGGGGUAUCCACUCUUGAACAGCGUGCUCAGGUGCAUGGUGUGUCGUUACAUAGCGUUUUGCUGGCAUGCUGGGCAUACAUCCAGUCUUCCUAUAUUUCGUCGGAACAAGUGACAUUUGGAUUGUGGCACGCAGGUCGAACAGGACCUAUCAGAGACAUCGACAGAUUGGCGUUUCCAUGCAUGAAUGUGCUGCCAAUGCAUGCUCGUCUUGGGAGCAACAACAUCAUAGACAUUGCUCGUAGCAUUCAAGAAGACCUCCGGUUGCGCACUCCUGUUGUCCAACAGACAGAUCUUCAAAUGAUACACCAGUGGAUAGGAGGCGCGGAUGCACCAUUGUGCAACGUGUUUGUCAACUUGAUCAGGUUUCCGUCAGAUGACACAGAGGCAGAACUGUUCCAACCGGUAGAUAUUACUUACACGGUACCGGAAAACGUCCCAGAACCUGACCCAAAAACUGUUGAUUGGAUCCCUAUGUCGAAUCUGAUACAGGACGAUGUUAUGGUUGAGAUCAUUAUACACCCUUCGGAGGAUACAAUCACGAUGACGAUCGAGAGUGCCCCAGCUAUCAUGGAUAUCCAGCUCGCCAGGAAAGUUAUUGACUACUGGUCAGAGAUAGUCGGAGGUUGUUGGGAGAGUGCUCCUGUCGACAUUAAGACUAUUUAAUGUAAUGUAUGGGCAGC